AGAAAGAUGUGUUUGUAGAGGUGUAAGAGAAACACAUAGGGAAGAGGUGAGAGAAGGGUGUAUAGGGAGAGAAAGUAGAGAGAGAGAGAGGGCCCCUCCACCCCUGUUGUGGGUUCCCACGCUGCUCCUGUGCUGCCUCCUUUGUGCCUUUGUUAUCCCUCGGGUUCCCCAUACUGAGAAUAACGGAGGGGUGUUUUUGCUGUAACCGAAUCAUUAUUAUGACCGAAUUCGUUCUCUAGAAAAUAGAAAAGAAGUGAGAGAAGAGAGAGAGGCCACCUCUUAGAGAGAGAGAACCCACUUCUUCUUUGUCUCUCUAAGAUUCCUACCACCCGCCAUGAUCAGCUUUUGUGCAACCAUGUCAGAUUCCAGCCAAUUCCACCACACCCAUCUUUCCCCUUUAGCCGUCUCCUCUUGUUUUCAAAUUCCUUUUUCUAGGGUUUUUCUCCUCAUAUGAGGGCUCUGGUUCUCUGGGUCGAUCGUUGUAUCGGCUUAUUCUCUUCUUUUCCCCUCUCUGGCUUCUGGGUUUCUUGAAUUAGGCAAAAAAUACCAUCUGGGCAUUGGGUUUCAUCACUUAGGGCAAAUAGAUUUCAUUCUGGUGUUUGGAUCAUAGGAAACAUGGCGUAUCAGCCUCUAUCUGGUCAAGGACAGGGAUCUGGUUCAGGAUCAGGUUCUGGUUCCGGUUCUUCAGGCUUCGGUAUCCCAUUUAUGGGUUCUCCUUUUGGUGAUACCACUUUCACUAAGGUCUUUGUCGGAGGAUUGGCAUGGGAGACACAGAGCGACACCAUGAGAAGAUAUUUCGAGCAAUUCGGUGAGAUCCUCGAAGCAGUUGUGAUUACUGAUAAGAAUACCGGGAGGUCCAAAGGCUAUGGGUUUGUGACUUUCCGUGAUCCGGAAGCUGCGAGGAGGGCAUGUGCUGAUCCUAGCCCAAUCAUCGAUGGGAGGAGAGCGAACUGUAACUUGGCUUCUCUAGGUCGGCCUCGACCAUCUCCACCUUAUGGACGGAUACGUUCAGGGGGCCCUUAUGUUGGAGCAAUCCAAGGAGGUCGGGGGCCAUAUGUUGGAAGUCCGACAUAUUACCAUCCGGUUCCCUACAGUUACCAGCAGGGAUUCGCAUAUCCUCCAUAUGGCUAUGCAACAUAUGGACCAGAAUAUGUUUAUGCACAGCAGAAUAUGUACACCCCCUACGUAGGGCAUCAGUACCUUCAGAUGUAUAGUGCACCAGGAACCCUUAAUACAGCCGUUUACCCAUAUGCUCAGGUGGGUCAGCCUCUACCAAGCGGUCAUGGUUAUGCUGCACUUCAAGGGUAUGCAGUGCCUAGUCAUCAUAUAAUGCAAUUUAGUGGGCCGAAUGUCAAUGGAGCCACAGCUACACCUUUGCCAUCCAUCCAGGCACCAUUCCCUUCAGGUGUAGCUCCUCCAGUUACGGCACCACCACAAUUUAUGAUUGCUGCACAUUCUCCGCAGCUCACUCAGGCUACAAGUGGUUCAGAUCAAACAGCUGGCUGAAAGGGGCUGCGAAAUGAACUCUGACAUUUGAGGAAUCCUUAGAUUGCAGCAGGACUAAGAACAGCAGUACUGCUACUCGAGUGGCAGGCUUCGAAUCUAGCCUUGCAAGUAGUUAUCUUUGCAUUCUAGAGGUCGUCCAUUGUCAUGGUCCCAAAAGAAACCCCACAAGCUGCUUUGAGAGAAGGCUAAUCAAGUAAAACCAUUCUGGUAAUCUGAGGAAUCAUUCAACACAUUAUUUUAACCUUCCUCUCUCUUUGCCACAGUAGUGUCUGUGAAUUGUCUCGAGAAAAGCAUCUGUAUUUAUGUCUCUGCUCAUGGAGCUUCAGAAGAGAACCCAUUGGAAGAUGUGGGGUUCCAUGGAUCCCACUAAUUAAAAGGGAAGUCGGUAGAUACGAACACCAAACGAUUCUUUUAAUCUUUAGAACUUGGAUUGAUUGUAUAGAGUCUUCAUGUUAUGUCUCAGCAUUGAGUCCUUCUUAAUCUUUAGAACUUGGAUUGAUUGUAUAGAGUCCUUGCGAUAUGUCUCAGCAGUGGGUAUUUUGUCUGUGUUUAUGUCAGCACCGAGUCUUUAUGCAAUGGAAACUUGCAUUAUGUGUUGUAUACUUCAUGGAAACAGUUAUUUUUUGUGAUGUGUUUCAGCUUGACACUAGAACUGGUUCUCAGGAUGAAACUGAUUACAAGUGGAUGAGUUUGUGGUGAA